AUUUUGAAAAAAUUGAUAAAUGAUUGUAUAUACAAAAAAAUAUAAGUAAAAUAUAUAUUUAUAAAUCAGAAGAAACUUUCCAUUGGCUUGCCAAUACAUUUUAAUGUGUAAGUACUUCAUAAAUAAUUGUAUUUAAUAAUUUGUGAAAUACACAAGAAAUGAAAUGAUAAUUCGUACAAGCAGAUCUCGACGGUACAAAAUUCCAGAAUAAAUUCUGAGAAUAUAUCGAAGCAAAUCGAAAGGAUUCCACGCUACUACUACACCCGAUGAUCCAAGGCAACUCUUUUUCUUAAAGUCAACGAACCUACUACUAUGUACCCAUGAACCAAUACACACAAACGACACACAAGCACACGGGUGUAAUAACGUAUACACUGAGGUAAGUUUUUUUGUUAUAGCUCGUCGAAUAGAAUUUUGUAGCAAUCCAUUAGAGAAUUUUGCACUUGGCAGAGCAACCAUUAGGAUCGUCAUCGUCGACGAUCGCAAGAUCGAGCCAAGGACCAAGGAUCCAUCCUUCGACGUCAUCUUCAUCUUCUAUUCGUCUGGGUUAUCCCUCUCCACUUGGCAAACUCAAUAUCUAUCUAUCUAUCUCUGAAGCCUAUAUCCCCCCCUCUUCGAAACGAUAGUUCGAGCGUCCCUUCGUGCCUUCGUCCGCCCUCCUCUAAGCUGGUGCUGCUGUUGCCAGUGAAUCAUCUUCAACGACCCCCUCCUCUUUGAUCCGGCCAGAAGACUCUUAAGGGGGCCCCCGACGCAGCGCGAGGCCAGUCCGAGAACGCGACCCUAACAUUAACAUCCGGUGUAUUCCGACAGUCGGAAACGGAAACGACUGUUUGAUCGUACGAUUAGUAGCACGGCAACAUGAAGAUCGCUACGCUGCUUUUAGUUAUCGUGGCCUUCGCUUCAGGUCAAAGGAUCACGACAAUUCAGCUCGAUGGUGUUCAAUAUUUUGUAUCAAGAAUGAAUCCAUAUAGUCCAGAACUCAACUACUUCUUAGCGUAUCAGUAUUGUCGUUCUCUGGGUCUUCAGCUGGCGUCCUUCGAAACGAAGGAAAAAUCAGACACUAUGACCCAAUACUUAAAGAACGCUGGUUACACCAAGUACGACUUUUGGACGUCUGGUAAUAAACUUGGCACGGAUAUGUUCCUAUGGAUGAGUACAGGACUACCCUUCAACACCACUUUUGAUUACAUGCUUAAGAGACCUGGAAACAGACCUGCUGAUGUUCCACCUGGCACCGAACCUCAAAGAGUUGCACGUGAAAGUGGCGACAGUGGCAGUGCGGACGGUUGCGUUGCGAUGGUAGCACCAACGUUAGCAUGGGAAGCACAGGAUUGUACCCUCGUUAAAGACUUUAUCUGCGAGCAAACAAGAUGCUACUACUAUAACUACGGCAGCAUUCCAGUCUCCGCGACUCAGGGAAAUCGCAGACCCUACAUAACGACCACCUCGGCGCCAGCCAGCGACGACCAGAUCGACGAGCACGUUGAGGAAGAUAAUAAAGAUGAAAAAAAACCGGAUGAAAUUAUCGACGAGAAGACAACGUCAUCGUUGAACGUGGAAAAGGAAGAAUCAGCGAAUGAAGACGUACCCGAAGACCCGGUCGUUAGCAGGCUGAUAACAACGGCCGCUUCCGUGUCUGGCAAGCAAGACGAGAAAAACGAUCAAAAUGAAGAAGAAGAAGAAGAAGAAGAAUCUACUGCAUCGAGCGUUUUAGGAAACAUCGAAAGUCGUAGACCAACCGAUGCAUUUGACAGAGAAUAUGAUAAUACGAGACCCGACAAUAUUCCGGAUAUCACGAGUCUCUUUACGGCUAGCAGUGCUGAUGGUCGUCAAUCUAACGUUCAUCAAGCAAGAAAAGACAACUCUGCUAGUGUCUUCGAUGGCCUGGAGACUCGUGAAAUCCUUCGUACAGCUUCUCGACCAUCCACCUCGGACAUGAAGAUGGAACACAGAGAUUCUCUUGAUUAUGAUUUACUCUCGGAUGCCCCAGCUGAGGUUCAAGCUGACAUCCAAGGUGAAACUGAGCCUCCCAAUAACGGUCUAGAGGAUGCUCAUACCAUUGGUCCAUAUGACACCGUUCAAGAUUACGUUAACGAUCAACAGGACAUUGGUGAAUCGGUAAUGAUGAAGGAUCAGGAUGAUGACAGUAGUACGAUCCUGCCAGAGGCGGAACCGGCCUAUAGGUACAACAUCAAAGUGCGCACCAACGGCAAAGUAUUAGACCCUCCGUCCAAGUAACGCUUUACUUUCUAGGCACCGACGCCUUCGUUAAACGCGUUCGUUCGUCUAUUAAUUAUAAGAAAAUUAACAAAGGAUAAUUAAGAUAAAGAUGAAGAAGAUGACGACGAAGGAAUAGGAUACGAUUAAUCUUCGCAAUAAAGGAAAUUCCUUGCGAUCAUCAUCAUUUAAAUAAGUUCUUCUAGUCCAAGAACACUUUGAACCAAUUAAACCUCUUUUCUCUCUCAUGAUAACACAUUAAAUACAAUCAUAGAAUUCAAUUAAAUCGCAAGGCAAUAACGUCGUAGGAACCUAACUUCUUCGCAUUUUCUUCAAACGUUAAUCUGUAACGCUAUUUUUUAACACACGUCAAUCAUCGCGUUUAUCGAAAAAGAAUAAUAUUAAUAAUAUUAAUAAUAAUAAUAAUAAUAAU